UCUGAAACAAAUCGCUCAUGUUUUUUAUUGAGAUAUGGAGAAUAACAGCUAUGCUUCCUCUUCCUUCUGCCUUGACCAGCUUUCUUAUUUUCUGAGUUUGCCACCAACAAGGAGGAGGAGGAGAUCCAUUUUUCCUGCAUCUUGUGACUUGGAGCCUUCGCAUUUCCGCUGGCAAAAGGGGCCCUUAAUGGGAGCUUUUAAGGAUGAGAAAAAGAAGAAUGGGUUUGAUGAGGAGACAGUGCACAAGUGGAGAAAUGCUUUGAGAGAAGUUACUGUACUUUUUGGUUGGGAUAUGAAGAACUACAGGUAUAAUCAAUUAUCUUGGAUUUUUUGAAAAAUAAACAAAAACAAAAUGUCUCUCUCUCCAGCCUAUGUUGGAGAUUGGUUGGGUGAAAUGGGACAGAAAAUGGUAUAAUUUGUAAAAUGGGAUCUCGGACUGCUUUCGAGCACGCAGGAAAACUAUCUCGAGACGAUAUUUGCUACCAGUAUUUGAUGUGCAUAAGAAAGACAAUUCGUUAUCGGGAUACAAGAUAACAAAUAGGUUUUUUUCAAUGUUUCUAAGCUCUAUGCACUUAAGCUUGAAACCCACAUAAUAGACACCAGAGUCUUGAUAGUUUAGAGAGCAAAAGAGAUAAAAUCGAGUAAAGAGAG